AUGAUGAAGUGCCUUGAAAAGUUCUUGAUUUUUGCCGUUCUUGUUACAGUUCUUCCAUCUUUAGUCUUAGGAGAUUGCACAUGCGACGCAGAGGAAGAAGAGAACGACAGGAGUUUAGCCCUCAAGUACAAAUUAGGAGCCAUAGCUUCAAUCUUCGUCGCGAGUGCGAUAGGAGUUUAUUUUCCAGUCUUGGGCAAGAAAAUUUCAGCAUUAAGUCCGGAAAACAAUUUCUUCUUCGUCAUCAAGGCUUUUGCGGCCGGGGUAAUCUUAGCAACAGGGUUCAUCCAUGUUCUCCCUGACGCGUUCGAAAGCCUGACCUCCCCUUGUCUUCCUGAAAGCCCUUGGGGAGAUUUUCCAUUCACGGGAUUUGUAGCAAUGGUGGCGGCGAUUGGUACUCUUAUGGUUGAUGUCCAGGCAACAUCUCAUUACAACAAAAAGUCUUCUGGCAAUAAUGGCACUGUCCUAGCUUUAGGGGAAGGUGAUGAUCAUGGCGAGAAUGGUAAACCAUCCAAUGGAGAGAUUGCUAAAUCAUCGGCUGGACUUCCUCUUCAUACUCAUGCCACACAUGGUCAUGCUCAUGGCGCGAUCUCCAUGGAGGGAGAUUCGAUUUCUACUCAACUCCGAUAUCGCGUUAUAACACAGGUUUUGGAGCUGGGAAUUAUAGUGCACUCUGUCAUUAUCGGGCUUGCUUUAGGUGCAUCUGACAGUCCAAAAACAAUUAGGCCUCUUUUGGCAGCUUUGUCAUUUCAUCAAUUGUUUGAAGGUCUCGGAUUAGGUGGAUGCAUCACUCAGGCAAAAUUCAAAGCACAUGCAAUUGCAGUGAUGGCUCUUUUCUUCUCAUUAACAACACCAGUUGGCAUUGCAAUUGGAAUUGGAGUAGCUAAUGUGUACAAUGAGAACAGCCCAAAAGCUCUGAUUGUGCAAGGAGUCUUGAAUGCAGCUUCAGCUGGGAUCCUAAUCUACAUGGCAUUAGUGGACCUUCUUGCAACUGAUUUCAUGAAUCCAAAGAUGCAAAAUAAUGGUUGGCUUCAAAUAGGGGCAAAUGUUUCCCUUCUUUUAGGAGCUGGUUGUAUGUCUCUACUGGCAAAGUGGGCUUGA